AUGAUUUCUUCAAACUACGACAACAACAUCAAAAAUAACGAUAGCGCCGGCUCAGGGGGGCGAGUGAGCGACGAUCCAGGCCUUCACUCGACCCACUGCAUCGCAACAGAUCAAACAGGCAAGCAACGCGUCAUGGUGGCCUCUAGCACGGCUACCUCGAGAGGAUCCACGUCGAGUACGGGUGGCCGGCAACCACUCCGCUUCAUAAUCAUGACCGACCACGUCAAGCAGGAGAAGAAACAGCCGCGGCAUCGGCUGCGUCGAGAGAGGAAGGGGGAGCAGCAACAGCCGUCCAAAAAGGCAACAGCGGAGGCACACUCGAAUUCGCACUCGACAUCGACAUCGAUAUCGACAUCCACAUCACAAAGCGACGGGGUGUGUCGGCGUCACUACUACCGCACCACCGACGAAAUAUCCCCCGACAUAUGCAGAAUUGGCAAUCCAGGGGCGGAAGACUUGAAUUCAUUCCCGAUUGAGAAUUCUCGCACCGUGACGAUUGCUGUUGAUUUCGUGAUCAAGCACAUGAUGCCAGGCCGCUCCAAGUCGUCAUCCCACCAAGACCAAAUCCCAACGAUACUCCUCCCCUUCUUACAACUGGGCAUGCAACACGAGUACCUCUUUGAAUCUAUCGUCGCACUGGCCCUGUCAUACCGCGACAGCGACGUCUACGAUCGCGGCCACGGGGAAACGAGACUCACUGCCGAGAUUGCAUACCACUAUGGCCGGGCGAUGGCGUGUCUACGGAAGCUCCUCGCGAGCCCGAAGACGGCGCACGUCGAUGAUGCGGCCAUCAUGACGACGAUUUUCCUUGCUGAUUUGGCUACAAAGUAUGGCACGUCGGCAGAGGUGACUGCCCAUGCCGCCGCGUUGCAGAAUAUGAUCAUUUCACGCGGUGGUCUGGACAAUCUUGGCCAGGAGGGACUCCUCAAGUCCAUGAUCGAAUAUGUUUCGGCGGUCGGCGACCUUCCCGGGGUGUCUAAAGAUGGCGACAUUCCCAAGUUUGAGUCCUCCGACUCUGCAAUAUCGCGUACGGGCCUACCACCUGAAUCGUCAGAUACACUGCCAUCAUCUCUCGAGUAUCCUACACAUCCAUAUCCACCAGAGGUGUGUGCAAUCAUCGCCAAUCUCCCUCAAGGGUUCCGCGAACUGGCGUUGAAUGGGCACUUGAGCGUCGAAGUGACUGCACUGAUCGGUCUCACACAGCGUCAACUCUUCUCCAGCAACGGGGACAAGCUUAUCCAGCUGAAGGACUACUGCCCGGCGACCAUCAUCAUGCACGCGAAAAGGUACCUGUCGAUCUCCCAACGGCUGACAGAGUCCAUUGUCUGUCUCAGCGUCAUGCUCGUUAGCAUGCGAUCGUUCUGCUAUCGUUUCAGUCCGCAGAAGUAUUUGUUUCCAAAGAAGCUUCUGUUAUUGGCUAGGGAACGUGGCGCGGGUGAGGCGAGUCGAGAGCAGCAGGAGCAUUUCGUCUGGACCGUGCUGUUGACUGCCGAAGCGUGUCAAUGCCAGCCGCUGGUCAAAUAUACUGUGCCGUUGAUGGAGCAGAUCUUCGGCCCAACUGCCAGGAAUGAGGCUCGGUCGGAGGAGUGGCUGGGUGACUGGGCACAGCUGCGCGGAGUCAUGCAGAAAUUUCUCUGGGGGAGAGACCUCGUUUACCAGUGGAGGGACAGAUGGGAAGCAGAGAUGAGAUGGCUGAAGAAGACUAAAGCAACGAUGUAA